AUGAGGUUGUGUCGGCUGCUGUGUCUGCUGCUGGCGGUGACACUGGUCGGGGGCUGGCCCGGCCAAGUCCCCGGAGAAGCAGCAGUCAGCAGUGAUGAUGCCGGACAUCAGGUGGCCCUGCAAGCCGAGAUGAUAGAAGCGGAAGCUGUCAGUGAGGCGCCGACCAACAGCGACAGCCACAGCCCGCAGUCCACGCCGCAGGAAGUGGCUCCCGAACCCGUGAUCCCGGCCUCGGAUUCGGCCUCUGACUACGCCGACACCCCGAGCAGCGCGAUGCCGGCCUCUGACUACGCCGGCCUUCCGGACAGCAUCACCGAAGGCGCGUCGCCACAGAAGAGCGGCAGUCUGGGCCAGACCGGCAUCGACUUCGGCGCCGGUAUCGAGGUGACGCCGCUGCGUCCCGGUCAGUCGGGCCACCACAACCCGUUCGCGCCCGACUACAAGCCGCCGCCGGAGCUCAGCCAGGCGUGGGAGCUGACCGGUGGCCGUCCGCCGGCACCGGCACCGACGGACACCCAGAGGCCUCCCAACAGACCCUUCACUCAGGUACCGCCCAACAGACCGCCAGCCCAGAAACCGACCAACAUCAACAGGCCGUUUUCUCAGAAACCUGCCAACAAGCCGUUCGCCCAGAAACCUGUAAAUAAGCCGUUUGCUCAGGUCCCUGCCAACAGGCCGUUUUCCCAGAAGCCCGUCAACAAGCCGUUCGCUCAGGUACCUGCCAACAAGCCAUUUCCUCAAACGCCAUUUAACCCAAAGCCUAUCACCCAGCGGCCGGCACAGCGUCCUUCCAAUCCGUUCUUAGAAGACCCGUCGGAACACAAACCAGCGGUGGAGGAACCGGCAGCUUUGGCGGAAGCAGUAGCGGUGGAGGCAGCAACUUCGGAGGGGGAAGUGGCGGUGGGGGCAGCAGCUUCGGAGGAGGAAGUGGCAGCGGAGGCAGCAACUUCGGUGGAGGAAGUGGCAGCGGAGGCAGCAACUUCGGAGGGGGAAGUGGCGGUGGGGGCAGCAGCUUCGGAGGAGGAAGUAGCAGCGGAGGCAGCAACUUCGGAGGAGGAAUUGGUGGUGGAGGCAGCAACUUCGGAGGGGGAAGUGUCGGCGGAGGCAGCAACUCCGGAGGGGGAAGUGGCGGCGGAGGCAGCAACUUCGGAGGGGCAAGUGGCGGUGGGGGCAGCAGCUUCGGAGGAAGUGGCGGUGGAGGUAGCAGCUUUGGUGGAGGCACUGGCAGCGGAGGCAGCAACUUCGGUGGAGGAAGUAGCAGCGGAGGUGGAGGAAGUGGCAGCAGUUUCGGAGGAACUGGCGGUGGAGGUAGCAGCUUUGGUGGAGGAACUGGGGGUGGAGGCAGCAACUUCGGAGGAGGAAGUGGCGGUGGAGGAAGCAACUUCGGAGGAGGAAGUGGCAGCGGAGGCAGCAGCUUCGGGGGAGGAAGUGGCAGCGGAGGUGGAGGAAGUGGCAGCGGAAGCAGCAACUUUGGAGGAGGAACUGGCGGCGGAGGUAGCGGCUUCGGUGGAGGAAGUGAGGGUGGAAGCAGCAGCUUCGGAGGAGGCAGUAGCGGUGCGAGCAACAACUUUGGAGGAGGCAGUAGCGGUGGAGGAAGUGGCGGUGGAGGCAGCAACUUCGGAGGGGGAAGUGGCAACGGAGGCAGCAACUUCGGUGGAGGGAGUGGCAGCGGAGGUAGCAACUUCGGUGGAGGGAGUGGCAGCGGAGGCAGCAACUUUGGAGGUGAAAGUGGCGGUGGGGGCAGCAGCUUCGGGGGAGGAAGUGGCAGUGGAGGCAGCAACUUCGGUGGAGGCACUGGCAGCGGAGGCAGCAGCUUCGGAGGAGGAAGUAGCAGCGGAGGUGGAGGAAGUGGCAGCAGCUUCGGUGGAGGAAGUGGCAGCGGAGGCAGCAGCUUUGGUGGAGGAACUGGGGGUGGAAGCAGCAACUUCGGAGGAGGAACUGGUGGCGGAGGUAGCAGCUUCGGAGGAGGAAGUGGAGGUGGAGGCAGCAAUUUCGGCGGGAGCACAGGUAGUGGAGGCGGCAGCUUAGUUGGCGGCAGCACUGGGGGCGGCGAAGGUUCGGCCGGCGCCGUCAGCGAGCACGUGGUGCUGCGCUGUCCGGGCCC